AGUUAUGCCCUCUUCACGGACUGACCGCACUCACUAUAAAACCAAGCAUUUGGAAACCCCCCUCUGGGAAUUCUGCAUUUGCCCCUGGGGUCUGUCACUUCCUAACAAAUACACAUAUAAAAUUAAAUAUAUAUAUUCUGAGAUUGGAGAAAAGCACAACAGAGAAAGGUAGUAACUCUGCACCUGGGUAACACCAUGCGGCACUGCAGAGGGGCAAAUGUAGAUUUGGGAGGGGUCCAAGUCCAAAUCUAGUUUGCAGUGUAAAAAAUAAAGCUGCCCAGCAUGUGCUGGCUACAUGCAAAAAUAGCCAGUAUUUACCCUGCAUGCAAACAUAAUACAUGUAUCUGCUCCCUGUAUUGCAGUGAGUUACUCGUUCUCCAUGCUUACUACCUGGUCAGAUCAGCCCCUCUGCACUAUGUGGAUGAAUUAUGACCCAGUUCUGAAAUCCAUUCUCCAGGUGUUGCAGCUGACCCUGUCCUUCCAACCUCCCCUCCCCCCUUAAUCCUAUUCCAAAUAACCUAGUGUUAUUUGCAAAUGCAAUGGUGUCUGUGGCAACCUCCCUCGCUCCUAUAGCCGGGGGGUCACUGUUCCCCCAUGUGGCUCCAUCAGCAGAGGAGAAGCUGGUUCUCCAGCCGUCUCUUAUACUCCUUGUUUUUAUUCUCAUCCCAUGUGUAGUCCUUCUCUUUUUCCUCAAUUGCUUCCUACUGUUCCACCGUUUGCCAGCACUCCCCCUGCAGAGGAGGCAUAAGCGCAGGGGGCCAGUAAGGGGACGUAAGCACUGUGCUAGGAAUGAUAAAUCUGCUCAUAUCAGGAUAGAGACCAGCUGCCCACGCCCAGAGAAUACAUCCAUGUGCCAUGGCCACUGUGCCAGCAUCAGCCGAGGCUUGGAGGCCACGCAGGCCCUGGGAGAGAGUGCCCAGAUGUAUAGGGAUAGACUCCACUCCAGGGAAUGGGGUCACAAACUGGAUGAGACCCCAGGACACCCGUAUUCACUGCGCACGCCCCAACUACUGGCAGUGCCAUGCUGCUCAUCCAGAUCCUGCGGCUUGUCCCGGGACAGGGAGAUGACAUGGAAUGAGGUGGUAGAUGGCGGAGGAGGAACAAGGUCAUACAGCGAGCAAGAGAUGGCGCACAACGCGGCUCCACCCAACACUCCAGCGGCCGCAACCAUAGCUCCAGGGACAACAACCCCGAAGGUGAAGUUUUGCCGUCAGACCAGUACGCAGAGGAAACCAGUUGGUGGAGCUGUGCCCUUCUCCCCAUUGGGCUCUUUGCUGUUUGACCACGCCAGUAGCAUCCCUCAGCAGAACACAUCCAAUUCCGCCAUCAGCAGCUUCCCUGGUCCAGGACUGGACAGUGACUUUGGAGUCAGUGCAGGUAUCUCUCUGCAUAUCCUAUCCUCGGACAGCGACUCCUGCUCCCAGUCCUGGGUCUCUGGGAUGGAAUGGGAUUACUAUGACCCCUGUUAUAUGAGGAAGAACCGACUCCGCAGGGAGAAUAGGCAGAACCACAAUCUCCCGGUCAUCUGCAGCAGACAGUACUGGGUGUAACUGGAAGUAAUCCAUCCUGAGAACUCUCAUAUAGUCCAUCAACACUCAUCGAUCCGUCCCCCUCCCCUUCACCUGACUUCCCAAACUAUCCUCCCAUUAAUCCACUUACCCAACCAAUGAUCCUCACUUACACUCCAAUACCGUGACCUCACUCACGUGGCCGCCCAUGAACACAUGCACAGAAUCCUGACCCAUGCCCCCAUAUUAUUUUCUCACAUAGUAGCACCGCUCUUUCUUACCUAUGAAUACAUGCACAGUAUCCUGACCCGUGCCCCCAUAUUAUUUUCUCACUUAGUAGCACCGCCCUUUGUUACCUAUGAAUACAUUCACAGAAUCCUGACCCGUGCCCCCAUAUUCUUUUCUCACUUGGUAGCACCGCCCUUUGUUACCUAUGAAUACAUUCACAGAAUCCUGACCCAUGCCCCCAUAUUAUUUUCUCACAUAGUAGCACCGCUCUUUCUUACCUAUGAAUACAUGCACAGAAUCCUGACCCAUGCCCCCAUAUUAUUUUCUCACAUAGUAGCACCGCUCUUUCUUACCUAUGAAUACAUGCACAGUAUCCUGACCCGUGCCCCCAUAUUAUUUUCUCACUUAGUAGCACCGCCCUUUGUUACCUAUGAAUACAUUCACAGAAUCCUGACCCGUGCCCCCAUAUUCUUUUCUCACUUAGUAGCACCGCCCUUUGUGACCUAUGAAUACAUUCACAGAAUCCUGACCCGUGCCCCCAUAUUCUUUUCUCACUUGGUAGCACCGCCCUUUGUUACCUAUGAAUGAAUAUAUGCAAAGAAUACUGACCUGUGCCCCUAUAAUCUAUCCUCCCUCACUUGGGUUACCCCACUCUUAUUGAUUUAGAUGCCCCUUCACGUCCACUCCCAUAUUCUGCCGUCACUCACUAGUGCACCCACUUACCUAUCCUGCGAUUAUGUACACAGGACCCUGGUCAAUGGCCAGUACUUUACCCUCCGUCCAAUGCUUUCCAUCUGUCUUGCCCUUAAAGGUGUACAGGUAAUUCUGACCCCAAACCUUCUACUUAGUUUGCACUCGAUAUCCCCCUCCCCUAUAUACACACAGCGGAUCCCCUAACCUCACCCCUGUAUAUUGCCCUGAGAUGCACUUGUUAGAUCACCCUCACUGUCCCACAUAUAACUGCUGCUCACCCAAUACCAUAGUGCACAGGUACUGAUAUACCCAUUUACCCACUGACGUCCUUCUCCCCCAUUGUAACCCCCCCCCCCCAUUCUGCCGUCAGCUGUACCCUACAGCGCAACCCCACAGCCCAGCCUGCGGCCUCCGUGGUCUUAGGAUGUUAUGUUUUUUAAUACGCGUUUUAUUACAUGUACUAUAUACUGAACAUUUUAUUUUUCGGAUAUUUUUUAUAUUUGAAUAGCGAUGACUUUCUUCCAGCAAUUUAGAGAAUCUGGGGCAUCUAUUACAGAAUUACAGUGUGCGGUAAUAUUGCCUGUACGUACGGCUGUUUGUUCUUUUUAUAUGUUUAUAUAUGUAUGUUUACGUUCCAUUUUACAUGUUGUAUGUAAGCACUCCACACCUGUCAUUAUCCAGCAAAGACUGGGCAGGCUGGAAGUUGUAGUUCCACAACGGCUGGAGCGCUACAUUAUCCCUACCUCGAAAGAGAAAAUGAUCUAUUUAUAUAUUUUUAAUAUGCUGUCCAAGAAUAAAUCUAUUUACCUUUGUAAUUUA